CUGAUUUAGUCACCACGCGAUUUGUGAAUUAGUUCAAUUUCUUUUCUCGAAGUUUAUUCAGUUUUGAGUUUCCGAAAAGAAAUAGAUAAAGUAACUUUAAAAUGUACGGACAGCAACCGAUUAUAGUUUUGAGCCAAAACACAAAACGUGAAUCGGGCCGGAAAGUUCAGUUGGAGAAUAUUAACGCUGGAAAGACGAUAGCAGAUGUUAUUCGAACAUGCCUCGGGCCGCAAGCAAUGUUGAAAAUGCUGAUGGACCCCAUGGGAGGGAUUGUGAUGACAAACGACGGAAAUGCUAUCCUCAGGGAGAUCACCGUGCAACAUCCGGCAGCUAAAACCAUGAUUGAAAUCGCUAGAACUCAAGAUGAAGAGGUUGGUGAUGGCACAACAUCAGUAAUAGUUCUCGCCGGAGAGAUGUUAGCUGUAGCAGAGCAAUUCCUGUCACAAAAUAUUCAUCCUACUGUUAUCAUAAGAGAGUACCGGCAGGCUUUGGAGGAUGCGGUCAAAUUGCUGCAGGAUAAGAUUUCUAUACCUAUUGAUGUUAACGACCGUGAUAAGCUUAAAGAAGUGAUACGCUCAUGUGUUGGUACCAAGUACAUUGGGCGCUGGGCAGACUUAGCUGUGGACAUUGCUUUAGAUGCAGUCAAUACUGUGACAAUUAAUGAAAAUGGCAGAACCGAAGUUGAUAUUAAGAACUACGCGAAAGUGGAGAAAAUUCCCGGCGGUACUGUAGAAGAGUCGAGAGUACUGAACGGUGUGAUGAUCAACAAGGAUGUGACACAUCCUAAGAUGCGGCGCUUUAUCGAGAACCCUCGCAUCGUGCUGCUCGACUGUCCUCUUGAGUACAAGAAGGGAGAGAGCCAGACCAAUAUUGAGAUUGUUGGGGAACAGGAUUUCACAAAACUGCUACAAUUGGAAGAGGAGCACGUCCAGCGACAGUGUGAAGAAAUCAUUGCAUUGAAACCAGAUUUAGUGUUCACUGAGAAAGGAGUAUCAGACUUAGCACAGCACUAUCUCGUCAAAGCUGGCAUCACAGCUAUCCGGAGGUUACGUAAAACGGACAACAACCGCAUCGCCCGAGCAUGCGGCGCCACCAUCGUCAACCGCACGGAGGAACUGAAGGAGUCCGACGUCGGCACGCAGGCGGGACGCUUCGAAGUCAAGAAAAUAGGCGACGAUUACUUCACCUUCAUUACAGAGUGCAAAAACCCAAAGGCGUGUACGAUUCUCCUACGCGGUGCAUCCAAGGAUGUGCUCAACGAGAUCGAGAGGAAUCUACAGGAUGCGCUUCACGUCGCCAAGAAUUUGGUGCUGAAUCCCCGCUUAGUGGCUGGCGGCGGGGCGGUGGAGAUGGCGGUGUCUGCGGCGUUGUCCGCGAACUCUCCGCACUCCACACCAUACCGCGCGGUUGCGCAGGCGCUUGAAAUUAUUCCGCGCACAUUAGCACAAAAUUGCGGCGCGAACACGAUCCGUACACUAACGGCUCUGCGCGCAAGACACGCUGCGGGCACGAGCACCGCCGGAAUUGACGGAGAGACCGGAGAGAUAGUGGACAUGGCGGUCAAAGCCAUUUGGGAGCCCCUAGCUGUUAAACUACAAGUAUACAAAACAGCUGUUGAAACCGCGAUCCUCCUACUUAGGAUCGAUGACAUCGUGUCCGGCUCCAAGAAGAAGAACUCCGAACCGGCCGGACCAUCGGAAGCCGCCGCCGCUAUGCAGGAAUAAAAACUUAGCAAUAUAUUCAGAGACGUUUGCUUUGAGAGAAUGUUACGCUGCAUUUUAACCCUAUACUGCUAGAGAAUUAAGUUUCUCAAAUUUUAUGGCCUUAUCUUUUUAACAAGAGUUUAAUAUACAAUGAACAUUAAGCUUAAUUUGCUAUACUCCGCGAAAAGCUUCUUCAGCUUUCCGUGGAUCUUAAUGCUCUUAAAAUAAUCAGUGUUACUUGUAAUUUCUAGCAUCUUUAUAUUCCACACAGACAGACCGCCGAAGAUUUCAAUUAUAAAUUAUACCGUACGGAUUAUCCUGUUUUCCGCGGAAUAUAGAAAAUUAAAUUAAAUUUUCAUAAUAUAUCAUGGAAUUCCGCAAAAUAACGCCUGCUUCUAUCCAACAGUAAUCUAUUUAUCUACGCAGCAGAAUAAAGUAGAAAUAUACCUUGCGCCUUAUAUUUUAUAUUAUUUUAUAUUUUACUAAAAUCCAAAAUGAAAUUAAAUCCCCAUCUUUCCACUCCUGGCUUGGAUUUUGUUUUUAUUACUGUACCCCUACUGGUUAUACAAAAAGAACACUUAAAAUUGUAACAUGAAAUACCCUUUAUAAUAUAUACAGGGUGAUUCAAUAAUCAAAUUUAAAUGUCUCUGAAUAUUAUGGUUAUGACACGAUAGCAAUAAAUAGUUUUAUAGUGUAUUAAUUUGCAUCAUAUUCAACUCGUGCCACUAGUUUCCUGCCGCGACUUGGUCACGGUAGUAUUAUGUGUAUACAGUAUUCCAACUUCAUACAAACGGACGAAGCGCGAGCUAUGCCUACGCGCCUCGAUCUCAUGCACUCUGCAUGCAGUCGUGACUGCCGCAGUGACGAACAGACGGUAUUUUGUUCUUUUAAACAAUAAUCGCGCGAUUUUUCACUAAAAAUGAGUUCAAGUACAUAUUUAAUAUGACGAGUAUUACUAUAUUGGGCUGAAAACAAUUUUUAAUAAAGCUUUAUAUUAGAAUGGGGAUUUUUUAUACUUUAAAAUUUAAUACUAAAGCAUUUCGUAAGUCCCAGUCGAGGCGCAAAAAUUUUUCUCUCGCAAAUUUAUAAGACCGAUUUGUUUGUUAUUCAAUAAUAAGAGUGGUUAUUUUAAAAUAAAUCUACUAAUCAAAAGACAACACGCAUUUUUAUUAAACACUUCCUAUUCAAUUUUCGAAGUAUUUUAUUUGUUUAUAUUAAAAAAUAUAUAUCAAUAUAUUACAAUCGCAAAACUAAAGGCAAAGGAAAAUGUAAUUAUAAUGGAGGCGGGCAGUGUUUACGUACCGCGCGGCUGUAGGCAUUUAUUUCAAAGAUACGGCAGAGUUACAAUACUGUGAACAUAAUAUUACCGUGACUUGGUCGACAAUCGACAUGCUAAAAGCAACUUAUGGUAUUCAAUAUAAAUUAACUUUUACGCAUGCAUGCAGCGACCAAAUUACCUGAGUAUAUAAGGAAAACUACUCGCGUGCUUUUAAUGUACUAAAAAUAUAUGAUGCAAAUUACUUCACUCAUUAGGGCUAAAUUUUUACAUUACUACAGUUUUAUAAGUUACAACGAUGUACUUUCGUAGAGGUGUCUGGUUUUUUGUAAGCACGGAAUUAUUCCAGCCAAUCACAACGCAUCUAAUUUAGGUGCGAAAUAUCCGCAAUAGCGGAUUGCAUAAUAGCGUAAGAGCGAGAUAUUAUCACUCUUUGUUAUUGCAGGUCACAUGCUAAACACGUUCUGACGGAUCAAUUAAAAUUAAUUUAACAUUUGCGCAAAAGAUGGCAUUUUUAGUCGCAUCCAAAAAGAAAAAAAAACCCCCUACCUUUUUUGUUGCCUUAAUUUAAUUGAACGACUGUUCAGUCAUUUUUAAUCAUAUGCGAUUUGCAGUUGAUGAACUAAAAUCAAACAGCUUGAACCCGAUUUCAUUCGAUUUAUAAGUUAAUCAACUAAAAUCAAAUCGCUUUUGUGGGAUUUAGCAUAUGACUCAAACCGUUUUCUCCCGCUAUUAUGGGAUUUAGUACUUGAUUAACUAAAAUCAAACCGCGUGAAUCCGCUAUGAUGCGAAUUAGCAGGUGAUCAACUAAAAUCGAACCGUAUGAACCCGUUAUUAGUUUUCACAUGUGAACGUUAAACAACAAGGUCUGUAUUUGAUUGGUACAACGACAACUCCUUUUUACGCUGACGAAUAAUGUCGAUGUAACUUGUAAAUGUGUAUUUUUAACAUAGUAACAAGGGCCUUGGUCUGUUUGCGAUUAGAUAUAUGCUAGGAGUGAACGAUAACACCUUAUAUAUAUUAAGUUUUUGCACCGUAAAAUAUGUAUACUAAGGCUAUUUCUCACACGGGAAUGUAAUUGUUUGACGGUAAAACUAUUAACGUUGGUAAUUACAUAUCGGAAUUGCUAGUGAUGUUUAAAAGCUAUCAUACGCUAACGUUAAUUAUUAACGUAUGGAAUUGUCAAAUCAUUAUGACAAUUUUAGGCUUCCAUGUAAAAUUACAUUGGUAUUUUUGUAUGGAGUUUCCAUUUAUUAAAUAUUUUUUUGGGCAAACAAAUACACUAUUAAUGUAAUAAAUGCAUGCAAGCAGAGAUUGUGUGAUUAGAAAAAAACAAUUGAUGUUUGUGAGAUGUGAGAAUCAGCAAAAAUGUUAUUUCAGAGUAAAAAAAAUUUUCGAUUUCGAAGUCCUUUAACGGGGAUUCCCGAACGGGUUGAAAUCGUCACGUAAGAAUAAAGCGUUAUGCCUCCAUGCGAUUUGUUUCGUUACGUUCGGAUCGUCACGCGCUUGGCCGCCAUGCUUGUUUCAAUCAUGUGACUUCACGAUGCUCAGAUUAGGAAAUUCGUUCGGUUCGGGUUCCUCAAACCGCAUACAUACGUUUUAGAUUUCCCUGUUGUGAGAUACUAUUCCUCAUAAUGAUGAAAAAAUGCUUGUUUUAUUAUUCUUUUGCAAUAUUCCAUUGUUGUGAUUUACAUUAAUAUGAAAGUGGGUGGUUUUAGCUACAUCACAAUAUUUUGCUUUCAUUUUUAUUUUUUUGCUCAGAUGCUUCCAUACGUUAGGUCAAUAUGUAUGAUUUUGGUAUUAUUUAAUCAAAAUUCCUUGUAGCACGUAUUUAAAGGACAAAAUAACUUUAAAUUGACUCCAUAAAGAGAUUUUUGAAAAAUCGCAACAUCGGUUUUUUUUUGUUAUUCAAUAAGAUCCCCCCGGCGAGAAAUAAUAUUUUUUGGCUAGUUCGUUAAUUGAUUUAACGGUUUUUCGUUUGUUUAGUAGUGAUCUUGAGCCACAGGUCCCGGGUCUGAUUCCCAACGGGAUAAUUUUUAAUUUUAUAAUUUCUUUAUAGGCCCCAUGUGUUUUUAUGAUUUUGAAAUCUUAACUCUUCCCACUUAAUACAUUUUAUGAGAUACAUUUUGACAGCACUUCAGAAAGUGCUCUCAAUUUUCAGGAAAAUAACUUCUGAGUUUUACUUUUAUAAUAAUAUAACUAAUAGAGAUUCAGGGCCGAUAGCGUGAACAUUAAUAUAACACUGCUUUAAGCGAUGGUACAAAGCCCCCUGGACAAUUAUAUUCUGAACGUUCGGGACAUUCAGACAAUUUGAUUAGAUUCCAAAAAAUACAAAAAGCGAUCUAGCGAUCAUUUCGAGGUAAACAAUGCUUGGGAUGAAAUUUGCGCUUCAAUUCUGUAAAACUGUUUGCAGUCUGUGUAAUAUGAAUACGCAGUCAGUACAAAUUAAGUCGAAAAAUUUAAAUUUGUGCUCACUUAAGAUUUUAAUGCCAUAAAAACUCAGGAUCAUGGAAGUGUGCGUUAAUUUAACUUUUCACCAAUCAAUGACUUGAAAAAGUGAAGAGAAGUGUUUUCUACAAAACACUAAAAGUAGUGCUAACCUGCUAACGAGAUGCCUUAAAAUACUUAUAUAGGAGAUAAUGUACAUGUAUUGUUUAAUUACGUUUUAGUUUUCAUUAUUUAUAGUCACAACUGUGUAGUCUAACAUCGCUAGUGCGCGUUUAUGUUUGAGAAUGCUAUUUUUAAACGAAGAAAUAAUAGUAUUAAAAGUUAUAAUAAUAUA